UGGAACGGAAACGCCCAAUCUGUCAACGUUUGUGUCUUUGGCGGUGCUCACAAUCGUUACUCUUCCAAUUACGCAGUGAGUGAGACUUGCUGUGGUGAUGGUGAAUCAAUAUCAUAAGACUACCUGAUGACAAUGGAGUUUCUAGGGCCUGCCUUCAUCACCUGCUGUCACCAAACAGAUGCAGUGUAACCUUUUUAAACCCACCUGCUCUAUUAUCCAGCAUAUUUCUUGCCUUAUUGCUACCAUUCCACUGUACCAGCACAUCCUUAAACAUUAUCUACCUGCUCGACACUUGCCCAGGUGCUUCCAUUAGCUGUGAAAAGCUCCUCCAGUUUUUUUCUCCCUUCAGAGAACCUCCAUUCCCAGAUGAUGCGGACGGACGUUAAAGGCCGAAGCGCCUCCCCUCACAGGAUAACCUAUAAGUCUGACUUCCACGCCAUCAAAUGUUCAUUUGACACUGCGACCAGUCUACAACCAGCGACCAAACCUGCUGCUGCCCAGCACUCUGCUGUGCACCCAACCCGGCUGCCACCCAGCCUGUCCGAUCCAACGAUGUCCCACAGCAGCACCAGUGGCAGCAGAGGGAGGGUCCACAGCACCAGGGGGACCAAGAUCCGAGACAACAUCUUCCUGCAAAUGGACAACCGGCAGCCGAAACCAGAUGGAGGUCCGGUGAAGAGUUCUGGCUCCCCACCCCUCCUUCCUCCCCGUAAUCCCACCCUACAGCUCCAAACGUCCCCUUUCUCUGCAUCCAGACGUUCGGUCGUCAUUUGCUCGUCUGUUCUGAGCACCGUGGCCAACAUUUCUCUUCCAGAAUCUUCCCUGCCGCAGGAUAAAUCAACCAGAUCGGAGGAGAUGGCGGACAUUGACAGAGCUGCUCUGGCUCAGAAGUUCUCUGUCACCCGGAGGUUGUUUGAGACCAAGGUGAUGGAGGUUGGAGGUGGUGGAGGGCAGGUUUCGAAAGGGAGGGGAAACAAGGCGGAUGGGGAAGAGGGGAUAGUGGGAGCCAGCCAGGUGGAAAAAGAGGGGGCUGGCUUUGAUAAAGACAAAUCCAUAAACCCACCCAUCGUAAAUGUGUCCUUGCCAAAGCCUCCUCCACAGGCCUCGCUGACAAGGCACCCUACAUCACCCGUAUCCGAUGGCCCGGGUGAAUCAUCCAACAAAUCUCCCUCCAGUCUUGACAAACAUGGUCAAACCCCAGCAUCACAAACGGAGGAAGAAAGCACAGCAAGUGCAACUCUUGACCCCUACUUGACUCCUGAGGAGCCAGUGAGGGCGGAACUAGUGGACGUAAAGAACGGGUCAUCAGAAAGUGAUGAGAAUGAGGAAGAAAAGGAGCGGAAAGAGGACAAAAACUGGCGUAAGGAUGAGGGGGGAAAGUACACGAACAAGGUUGUAGGAGAACGUGUGCAGGAGCUAGUGGAUGAUGUUUUUGAAGAGCCCCGCAUGGAAACCCCUGGACCUUGUAGGCCGGAUGUUCCUUCAGAAGAACACCAGGAGGAGUCAGCAUCAGCCAGCGUGCCAUCUAAAAGAGAGACUACGGAAGGCCGGGAAGGUGAAAGAGACAAGUAUCAGCAGGUGAGUGAAGAAUGGGAGGGUGAAAGGGAGGGGCAGAACACCCAGCUCAUUGCACGGGCUGAGGAGUCAACAGAAAAGCGGGACAACGGGGAGAAAAAGCCUGUGGAAGAAAGUGCUGGAAGGACAGAGAGCGACGUGAUGCAAGAGGAGGAUGAUGACAAGGAAGUUGAGCGAUACAGUGUGGGAAAGAGGAAAGGUGGAGAAGAAGAAGAACGCAAACAAAGUCAAGAGGAGGAAAGAACUGAGGGAAAAGGAGGUUCGACAUCGGAGCCGCGAGAGGAGAUCCAGCACGAGCAGCGCAGAGAAGGCAGUGAUGGAAAAGAUGAUAUCAGAGAAGGCGAAGAGGACCAGGCGGGGUGUGCAGUUAUCUGCGGGAUUGAGAACGAGGCUUUUGUGCAUGAGCAGGAAUCCCACUCUCACCCAGAGCAUCCAAGUCAGGAAUGGGAAAACUCUCUACGUGGAAAUCUGCUUUCAUUGCAAUAUGCGGAAAUUCCUGGUGUGCCUGAACUGGAGGAGGAGGAGGAGGAGGAGGAGGAGGAGGAGGGGGAUGCAGCAGAAGUUGCAAAGAGAAAAGUCCGGUUCACGUCAGCACCAAUCAAGGUGUACAGCACUUAUUCUAAUGCAGAGUACGACCGACACAAUGAGGACAUUGACCCGGUGUCCGCCUCGGCUGAGUUUGAGCUGGAGAAGAGAGUGGACAGGAUGGAUGUCUUUCCGGUGGAGAUAGAGAAGGGAGAAGAGGGCCUGGGCAUCAGUAUAAUAGGAAUGGGUGUAGGAGCCGACCAGGGACUGGAAAAACUGGGAAUCUUUGUCAAGACAGUCACUGAAGGAGGAGCAACACAGAAGGAUCGAAGGAUUCAGGUGAAUGACCAGAUAGUGGAGGUUGAUGGGGUGAGUUUGGUCGGAGUGUCCCAGCUGUUUGCAGCCACAGUGCUCAAGAAUACGUCGGGCCUAGUCAAGUUUUUGAUUGGCCGAGAGAAGGCGGGCGUGGAGAGUGAGGUGGCGCGACUGAUCAACGAAAGCCUGGAAAUGGAUAAAACAUCCAAGACGGGAAGAGCAAGCGAGGAUGAGGAUAAUGACUGCAGCAUGUCAGAGAUGUCAGUGGCAGAGGAAGAGGAGGAAGAUGAAGUGGAGGACGUAUCUGUUCUUUCCAGUCUGGACAACUACCAGCUUUGCCUCAAAUACCAGCAGCUUCAGUCGAAACUACGAAACCGAGCAGCCCAACUUCACCACGCCAGAGAAAAGUUAAAGGCAUGGGUGGAGCAGCACGCCUGUUGGGAGAGCCAGAGGAUUGAGCUGGAGCAAAGAGUGGAAGACGGAGAGGACAAAGCUGACAAACUAGAGAAGUAUUGGCAAGAGGCCCAGACACUAUGCAGGGUUGUGAGCCAGCGACUGGCUGAUGCCCAGAGCCAAUCGGAAAGCUUGGAGAUCAAAUACAGCAAAGCCAAGAGACUGGUCAGAGAAUACCAGAGCAGAGAGGAGGAGAGGGAGAACAGAGAAGCAGAUUUGAGAGGACAAAUGGUGGAGAGAGAGAAGCUGCACAGAGAGACAGUUGAAAGACUACAAAUCCAGAUAGCGCAGCUUGAGGGGAAACGGCCUGCAGCUGAGAGAGAGAACCACUCUGGGGACACUUCAGGGACAGACUGGUAUCUUCCAGUUCCUGACGCAGGACGUCUAGACUCCAGCGCUCACAAAGCCAAAGCUCAGCUGGCCCAGAAAUCCAAGCGCCACCCGCCCUCUCGAGACAAACUCCGAGAGAGCUUUAGAAAGCAGGAAGAUGAAGUUGAGACACCACAGCAGAGCGACUCCCUGUCUGCUGCCACGCUGAUCCAGAGGAGCGGCAGAAGUGACCUGUCCAGCGUCUCGUCUUUCUCCGCCCUCAGUCCUCACCCUCCCGGCAGCUCCGUCUUCACGCCCCCUCCCAUCUACAUCACUGGCACCGUCACUCCCUCGUCACGCAACUCCUCCACAUCCAGAAAGUCCAAAAGGAGAUUUCCCAACUUCAGUGGCCUUCGCAAGUCUCUCAGCAAAAGGAGAAGUGAGAAACGCAGCAAAAGCUCCAUGAACAGCAGGGGCUCGUGCGGUGACCUGGUGGAUGAGCCCGCCGGGGUUUCUCCGUCCGAUUCGGUCGCCUCCAUGCCGUCUUGCCUGCACUUCCCGUGGUUCGCGGAGCGCGGGCGAGAAAAAGCCGCGGACGCCGAGAGAGGCAGGGAGAGACUUCGCUCUGUGUCCAGCAGCAGCUUACCGUACCUGACCACCACCGGUAGACGAGAUCAGACGUUGGACGAUGACCCGGUUCCCAGCAAUAACAACCACCAGUGGCAGAGUCGACCCGUCUCGGAGUGGAACAGCCAGCAGGUGUGCCUGUGGCUCGUCGCCAUGAACAUGGACGAGUACGCGUCCGAGUUCGCCGCCAGAGGUGUGGACGGGCCACAGCUGCUCAGCAUGGACAGUGAGAAACUCAAGGCUCUGGGGGUGUGCAGUCAAAGCGACCGGUCCGCCCUCAAGAGGAAGCUGAAGGAGAUGAAGAAAAGAGAGGAAAAAGAACAGAGGAGAGGAGAGAAGAGGCCCAAAGAGGAAAUGGAGAAAGAGAAGAACACAGUUUUGGAUAAGGAAGGCGAAGACCAAGAGAAGGCGAGGGUGAUGAUGAUGAUGGUGAUGAAGUCAGUACAAGAUGCCAGACUCGGUGGCAAAACCAUAAGAACGGAGUCCCUCUUAUAAAAGGAAAGAGAGGUGAUGUCUGAGAUACACCACCAGCACGAGGGCGUGUUUGCAGCCUUAACACGCACAAAAAUACACUUGAAACCAUUUCUAUUUAGUUAAUAGAAACGUCUAGAUCUACUGCACCCAUCCUCACACAUCUCAAAGGCUAUCAUUUAGUAUACAGCAGAACACUGGUUGGUUUUAACUGAGAGAAAGAUCUUUAGAGCAGAGGUGGACAAGUUCACACUCGCAGCAAAUGUUUCUUUCCGUAUAUGUUUUUAUGUACAUGUUAAGUGUGUGUGUGACAAGCUACUGUUUCACGGUGACUGUUUUUUUUUUUUUUUAAAUCAUGAAUCUUAAAUUAUCCUUUUAGAAUGAUCUUUAAUAUUUAAUGAUGUGCUGACUUAAGCACUCAGGUAUUUGCUGUAAAUGCUUUUUUUAUGUAUUAAUAAAUAAUGCUUUAAACUUG